AAGAACUAGUUUCGUGGUUUCUUGAUCGUUGAGUAAUCGUGGCGGCAGUGGAUCCUAAAAAAUGGCAGACGUCAUUGAUUGUAAUUUUCCUGUUUGGGGUCUUUUGCCUAAAAAAGAGACAGGUGUCACACAGUUUUUAACAAAAUAUCCAGAAUAUGAUGGAAGAGGAAUUACCAUCGCAAUCUUUGAUUCUGGCGUCGAUCCUGGUGCACCAGGACUGCAGGUGACCAGUCAUGGAAAACCAAAAGUCAUUGAAAGAUACGACUGCAGUGGUGCAGGUGAUGUUGACACUAGCACCGUUGUGCAAACUACAGAUGGCUACAUCACUGGUCUUACUGGGCGUAAAUUGAAGAUUCCUUCAAGCUGGAAUAAUCCUAGUGGAGAUUAUCACAUAGGAACGAAAAAUGCGUUUACAUUGUACCCUAGCAAAUUACGAGAGCGGAUUGAGGCUGAACGUAAAGGAAAACUUUGGAAUAAUGGACAUAAAACAGCUCUCACUGAGGCAGCACGAGAAUUACAGGAAUUUGAGACAAGAAAUCCACAGCCUACUAGUGCGGAGGAUAAAUUAUUGAAGGAAGAUCUAGAGGCCAAAGUCGAAGUUCUAGUAAACGUGGAUAAGAAGUAUCACGAUUUCGGUCCAACCUAUGACUGUGUUGUUUUUUAUGAUGGACAAAUGUGGAGAGCAUGCAUCGAUACAUCUGAAGAGGGAAAUUUAGAGGCAGGUGUUUUCCUCGGGGAAUACUCGAUAACGAGAGAGUACGCCCCUCUGACCCCAGAAGAUCAACUGAAUGUUACCAUCAAUGUACACGAUGAUGGUAACACCCUGGAAAUAGUAUUCAUGUGUUCAAGCCACGGAACCCAUGUAGCAUCCAUUGCUGCCGCUAAUUUCCCUGAAAGUCCAGAGCUAAACGGUGUGGCGCCUGGAGCCCAAAUUAUUUCUCUGACUAUUGGCGACGGUCGUCUUGAAUCUAUGGAGACCGGAACUGCCUUAGUGAGAGCAAUGGCUAGGGUGAUGCAGCGCAAGGACAAAGUUCAUGUCAUCAACACUAGCUAUGGUGAACAUGCCCAUUGGUCUAGCGCUGGAAGAAUAGGAGAAAUCAUGAACGAGGUUAUCGACACACAUGGGGUCAUCUGGGUCUCGUCAGCUGGAAAUCACGGGCCUGCAUUAUGCACCAUAGGAUGUCCGCCCGAUAUAAGCUCGAACAGUAUAAUCGGCGUUGGCGCGUACGUCUCGCCGGAUAUGAUGAUAGCCGAGUAUUCUCUGAGACAGAAAAUGCCAGGUAUGCCAUACACCUGGUCUUCCAGGGGCCCAACGAUCGAUGGGGAUAUCGGAAUCACGGUGUGUGCUCCAGGAGGUGCCAUUACCAGUGUGCCUAAUUUUACCCUCAGAAAAAGUCAGCUAAUGAAUGGAACGAGCAUGUCUAGUCCACAUGUCACCGGUGCUAUAGCUAUACUGUUAUCGGGCCUCGUCGCUAAAGGCUUACCGUUUUCACCGUACAGUGUAAAACGAGCGCUUCAAAAUUCUGCAAUGUACAUAGAAUCUAUGGAUCACUUCGCCCAAGGCUCAGGUCUCUUACAAGUUGAACGCGCUUUCGAGCAUUUGGUUUCAUGUGCUAAUGCUGACGAAAGAGAUGUCCGAUUCUCCAUCUCCUGUAAUUUAAGUAACGCCAAGGGCAUUCAUCUGAGAGGAGGUGUUUUAGAUCGUCCAAGAGACUGUCCCAUUACUGUAGAGCCCAUUUUUCUAGAUAGUGAAAAUGUUGAUCCCGCCCGUAAAAUAAAUUUCAAUCUGAGAUUAUCCCUUGUUUCCGAUGCAUCUUGGGUACAGUUUCCCACGCAUCUGGAUCUAAUGCAUAUGCCACGCGCCUUUGCAGUCAGAGUCGAUCCGAGCUCUUUAUCCGAAGGAGUUCACGCAACUAAUAUCCGAGCCUAUGAUGUGACAAAUGUGAACAAAGGACCGAUAUUCCAAGUACCUGUAACCGUUGUCCAGCCAAUGACAUUACCUAAGGCAGCCAUUCUUCCGGACUUACAUUUCACUAAUGUGCUUUUCAAACCCAAUACCAUCAUGAGGCAUUUCAUACUUGUGCCAGACGACGCGACAUGGGCAGUCCUCAGAUUGAAAGGAACUGAGAAGGACAAGAAUGGAAGAUUCGUCAUACACACCGUGCAGCUAAAACCGAAAUUGUAUUGCAAAGCUCUCGAGUCCACCAAGAUGACCAGCGUCACAACUCAGUCAGAAACUAUUCAUGGAUUUUCCGUCGAGGGAAACAUAAUACUGGAAGUAGUCGUGGCCAAGUAUUGGGCAAAUUUGGGUGACAUGGCUCUAGAUUAUUGCCUAGAGUUCCAUGGGGUUCACAUGACCUCCGGAAGCCUCACUAUGCAGGCUGGCGAUGGUAUAAAUCGUAUGGAAGUACGUACUUCUCUAAGAUACGAGGAGAUAGUUCCAUCUGUAUCUCUGAAAUCUUUUGUUCAAGUUCUCAGGCCCACUGAAUCGAAGAUCAGUCCGUUACGAGCUCGCGACGUUAUCCCGCCCGCACGUCAGAUCUAUGAACUUCAACUGACGUACAGUUUUCACGUAGCUAAGGCUACCGAAGUGACCCCAAACGCGGCAUUGCUCAGUGAUUUGCUUUACGAAAAUGAAUAUGAAAGCCAACUGUGGAUGAUCUACGACGCCAACAAGCAACUCUUGAGUUGCGGAGAUGCUUAUCCAUCGAAGUACACCAUUCAAAAAAUGGAGAAAGGCGAUUACACGCUGAAGAUGCACGUCCGUCACGAGAAGAAAGACUUGUUAGAAAAGCUGACUGACAUGACUAUAUUGUUGAGUCAAAAACUCAGUUCCCCAAUUAACUUGGAUGUGUUUGCCAGUCACUCACAGGCAAUUAUUGGCGGCAAAAAAAUGAUGGGUGCAACCAUUCCACCUGGUUUAUCACUGCCGCUGUACAUUGCGCCGAUUGCAAAUGAGAGCAAAGUAUCGAAAGGUGCAUCGCUUGGUACAUAUCUUCAAGGCACAUUGACUUUCUGCAAGGAUGAGAUUGGUAAAAAAGUUGAUCAGUACCAGUUCAAAUAUGUAUUAUCAGAACCGGCCAAGAAACAAAACGGACCGAGUAAGCCCGAAAAAGAAAAAACCACAAAAUGGGACGAGUACAACGAAGCUGCCAGGGAUCUGAAGUGCAACUGGCUAGCCAAACUAGAGGCUGGAGAGCACGCCACCGCAUUGUAUGAAGAACUGAAAUCGACCUACCCCGAUCAUCUUCCUGUUUACACCUCCAUGUUGAUAUCUUUGGAUUCUCCCGAGGCUCGCUUCCACGUGCCUCACGACGACCUUACCGAGAGCACGAUUUCACACGCAAAUCAGAUAGUAGCUGUUGCCGACAUUAUCAUUAACGCCAUCGACCAAGAGAAGCUUCUAGCUUACUAUGGUUUGAAAACUGACCAGCGUCCGGAUGCAGCUAAAAUCAAAAUCACAAUGGAACGACAAAAGAGCAGCCUGAUAGAAGCAUUGGUCAAAAAAGGCUGCGCCUUGUCGAGGCUCUAUAUUCAUAGCACAAAGGAUGGCGAAGGUGACGGGCAACACAAGACUUUACUCGAUAAUAUGACCAGGGCGUGGAGAGACGUUCAAAAGUUUGCCGAAGCAACAGAUAGCAAGGUCAUAAUUCUAUCGUUGUGGCAUGCCUAUCUCAACAAACAAUAUGGUCGAUACUUGAAACUUUUGCUGCGUUACUACGAAGAUAAACCGCUGAAAGAAAUAGACGAAAAAUGUAUCGAACUAGCCAAAACAGUGGGAUGGGAUCACUGGGCUCGCCAUUUAACCAGUUUGAUUCCCACACGCUAUCCUAAUUCGUAUAAACCCUUUUGAUGCGCUGACUUUUCUGUCUUACCCAAGGCAGUGAAUUUGUAGUUGCCAAUGCAACGAAUAAUCAUCAUCAGAGAAAACAUUUGCAACAGCAAUACGCAACAAUUAGAAUGAAUCAGUCAAAGAUUCAUAAAGUUUAAUUAUAGGAGGAGAAUUAUUUAGCUAAAUAUUAUAUUAUAUUUAUACAAAUCUUCAAUUAUCAUUAUGUAUACGUAUAUUCAUUUAAAAUAGUCCAACCGAUGUAAGAUUCGGUAAUGAAACUGAUGUAUGACAAAAUGUCUCGCUAUUAGAUCGACUGAGCUUUCACUUCACGAUAGUUUCUAUACGCAAUAAUCGGCUAGCUUCAGAACCUAGAUUCUAAAUUCAAGAUGCCUGGAAGAAAAAAAAUUUUAUAAUCGUUUAAUCCAUUUUUACACAAUUAAAAAUUUUGCCUACGUACUACUUGAAAUAACUAAAUAUGAAAUGGCAAGAUGAUCUUUCUGUGCGAGCAAUAACACUUUUGUUAACGCAUCACGGUGGUAUAAAAAACGAGCCACUAGUUUAAUCAUACCUGUCUAAUAGGAGGAUAUAAACUGCACGUAACGUGUAUUAAUUAGUAUUUGGGUAAGAUGAAAAAGAAAAAAAAAAGAGAAAAAAUUGUAGGAAUUGUUUAUACUACAUGUAAUAGUAAGUUACAAAACCUGUGACCUAUUUCAUUGUCGUCAUUGUAUAACGUGAAUCGUAUCAUAAUGUUACACACUGACUUACGAUGAAAGUUUGAAAACUUAAGUUGAACGAGCACUUCUUAUUUCAUCGUCGAUUGACCAAUCAUUUCAAUAAUGAUAAUAAAACAAUGGAUCAAUUAAAAAAAA